AUGACAAAGCAAAGAAAACCACUUAUCCUAAACGCCUUUGAAAUGGGAGCCAGUGGACACAUGGCUCCCGGACUAUGGAAACAUCCCGAAGAUCAAUCUACAAAGAAAGAUCUUAACUACUGGAUUGAAUUAGCAAAACUUUUAGAGAAGGGAAAAUUUAAUGCCGUAUUUGUAGCCGAUGUUUUGGGAGGCUAUGAUGUAUACAAUGGUCCACGCAACCUUGAAGCAGCUGCAAGAUCUGGAGCUCAAUGGCCAGUUAUUGAACCCAGUUUAUUUAUUCCAGUUAUGGCAGCCGCCACAAAAAGUUUAGCCUUUGGAGUCACUUUCAGUACUGUUAGUGAACCACCGUAUCACUUUACUAGGAGAUUGGCCACUUUGGACCAGUUGACCAAUGGAAGAGUUGGGUGGAAUGUGGUUUCGUCAUACUUGGAUAGUGCUUCUAGGAAUACCUUAAAUGGGGAAGAUUUGCCUGCUCAUGACGAGAGAUACCAGAGAGCAGAAGAAUAUAUCCAGGUAGUUUAUAAGUUAUUCCUUUCAUCUUGGAGUGACGAUGCAGUUAAAUUAGACAGAGAACUGGGUAUAUUCACAGAUCACGAAAAAGUUAGAGAAAUUAAUCAUGAGGGUAAGUUUUUUAAAGUCCCAGGACCAAAUAUUGUUUCUCCAACUCCUCAAAGAUUACCUGUGAUUUUACAGGCUGGAUCUUCCUCAUCAGGAAAGGAUUUUGCUGCAAGGAAUGCAGAGGUGGUCUUUCUUUCUAGCUUUACGCCUGAAGACUUAGGAGGUAAGAUUGCUGAAAUAAAGAAGAUCGCCCAAGAAAGAUAUGGCAGAGAAGAAGGGUCAAUAAAAUUCAUUCAGUUGAUAACCUCUAUUAUUGACAAGACAGAUAAAGCAGCUGUUGAAAAGUAUAAGAACUACAAGAGUUAUGGCGACAAGGAAGGCGCGCAAGCAUUAUUCAGUGGUUGGACUGGCAUAGACAUUGGUAAAUACGAUCCUGAUGAAGAGUUAACGCAUGUUGAAAGCAAUGCAAUUCGUGGGGUUGUAGAAAAUUGGACAAAGGCUAAUAAAGGGGAGCCAGAAAAUUUGAGAAAGACUAGAGACUAUGUUGCAGAGCAGAUUACUGUUGGAGGAAUUGGACCAGUUUUGGUAGGAACCAAGGAAACCGUUGCAGAUGAAAUCGAAAGAUGGGUUAACGUUUCGGGAGUUGAUGGGUUCAACUUUACCUACACAAUUACCCCAGGCUCAUUCGAAGAAUUAGUCAAUGAAUUGAUCCCAGAGUUGAGGAAAAGAGGGCUUGCUUGGGAAGAUUAUCCAAAGGAGGGACUUACAUACAGAGAACAACUAUUCGGAACUGAAGGGGAUGAUCCAACGUACUUGAAUCCAUCCCAUCCUGCUUAUAAUUUAAGAUGGAGGGCAGGAGUUACAAAGGAAGAGUUUGAAAGCUCAUUGUCAAAAAAUGCCUAG